AUGCUGGUGCUGGUAGGUCUCCUUCUCCCCUUGGUGAUGGCGAUGCCAUUCGACAUGGUCUCCAAUUUGGCCACUGUAAUAACCUACGAUGACAAUUUUGCCCGAACAAAAAUGCUGCCUCUCGCCGCUGCCGCUUACUCCGAUACUCCUCAGCAAUGCCUUUCAAAGUUCGGCAAGGAUGUCAAGAUGAAAAGCAUCACGUCGGUUACCUGUGAUAUCACUCUCGUUGACAAAUGUACAGGAUACAGUGCAGUGAGCACGGACGACAAAGCCAUCAUCUUGUCAUUCAGAGGAACAAACAAGAAUAGUCAACUGAUCAUGGAAAGCGAGGAAACAAUGCAGAAAAAUCACGUUCCCUAUACAUUCCGUGUGACACAUGCUCACGACAUAAUACCACAUCUGCCAUUGGAGAACAUGGAAGGCUAUUACCAUCAUAAAACGGAGGCGUUCUACAAAAAAGGAAUGGAAGUCGGCGCUCACUACGACGUCUGCUACGACAUGGGAGAAAGCACUUUCUGUUCAGAUGGCCAGCUAAUCGACACCUCUAUGGACGACCAUCGACGCUACUUCGAGAUAGAAGUUCCUCACUACGGCAAGAACGGCUGCCAGUAA